CUUGGUACUCACCAAAAAUAAUUUCUCCUUCUCUACUCUCCUAAUAUCAUUUACCCUUUUGAAAGCUAAACCAAGCUCUCCUCUGUGCUUGAUCGUGACGGCCGGAACCCGCUCGCCUCCGCUCUGCUCCGCCAGUACACCCGUGAGAACCUCCGCUCCACCGUCACCCGUGCCGUGAGAAACUCACCUCACAUUCGCGUGCUCUCUGGUAUUUUUUACGGGUGUCUGUCUAUUGACUAUCCGUCUCUACCUGUUGUCAUCCACAACUGCUGGGAGGGCAUGGUUUGAGCAAUAAAGAACAAAGAGGAGAAAAUGAACAAGGAUAAGAUCUUCAAGUUAGCAAAAGGGUUCAGGGGUAGAGCCAAGAAUUGCAUAAGGAUUGCAAGGGAGAGAGUGGAGAAGGCCUUGCAAUAUUCUUAUAGAGAUCGUCGUAACAAAAAGAGGGACAUGCGUUCUCUUUGGAUCCAAAGGAUCAAUGCUGGUACCCGUGUACAUGGGGUCAAUUAUGGGAACUUUAUGCAUGGGCUGAUGAAGGAGAAUAUCCAACUUAACAGAAAAGUUCUGUCAGAGUUAUCUAUGCAUGAACCCUAUAGCUUCAAGUCUUUGGUUGAUAUAUCGCGAAAUGCAUUUCCAGGAAACAAGAAUGUUGUGAUUCCUCCUAGAAAGGUCGCCUUUUAGGGGUCAUGACAUGACACUUUAGCAAACAUUUAGUGGUCGUUUAUGUUAGAUUCCUUAACAAAUUUUGAGGAGUUCGGGUUUCGUACGCUAUCUUUUCAAUUUUAUAUGUCUGUAAUUCACGAAGACAUUAUUAUUGAAUACUCUUUAUCUGUAUGAUCUUCCUCCUUCGCUACCCCUUUUCAAUGUCAGAAAUGUUGGGACAAUAAUAAGCCUUAAUCCCAAGUACGGUGCAUUUUGCUUC